AUGCCCAGUAGACUCUCACCAGAGUUGGGGAAGGAGGCGGAGAGCUUUAGGGCCUCAGCGGCAGAGAACAGGAGGACAAUUGUGGCUGGGGUUGCCUGGAGGUGUGAGAGGGAAGGAAGAACCAAGGUGGCAGCAGAGAGAGCAGAGCCGGAGCCUGCCCCUUGCCUGGACUGCUGGCUGUACCAUUGCAAUGGGGACAGGCAGGCAUCAGCUCAGGGGCCUUGGGCUGGAGCCCCUUUACCUCUGCUGCUGCUAACGCUGCUGCUGCUGCUGCUUAAAGGCUCACCCUGGGGAUUGGCGUGGGGACUGGUCGGUGUCCAGAAAGUCUCUUCUGCCACUGACGCCCCCAUCAGGGACUGGGCAUUCUUUCUUUCCUCCUUUCUGCAUCUCCUGCCUCAUCAGCCUGCCAUGACCUGCACCCAAGCCAAGCCCCUUGGGGAAAGGGACAAAGGUGGGGACAGACGAUGGGAGCGGGUGGGCUGGAGGGAGUUGUCUUAUUUAAAGUGGUUGUUUAUGAUUCUUAUACUAAUUUAUACAAAGAUAUUAAGGCCCUGUCCAUUAAGAAAUUGUUCCCUUCCCCUGGUUCAAUGUGUUUGUAAAGAUUGUUCUAUGUAAAUAUGUCUUUAUAAUAAACAGUUCAAAGCUGACAGUUCGACCUUACUCUUAGAGGUCAUGUUCAGGAGGGGCGUUCCUUUCCCCUGGGGGCCACGGCCGUCCCUGUGCUCACAUAUUGCAUGUGCAGGGAGGUAAGUGCCUGCAUCCCAAAUCGGUUCUAGGUCAACUGGCCUCAAACUGAUUUGCCACGAGCUCACACAAUGAGUCCCUAAGCUUAAUGACCAGUUCACAUAAAAUCCAGCCCACUUUUAGGUUUUGCUGGCAUCUGUUUGGGUGUCCCAAUUUUUUUGGCAGUGUCAAUGGAAGAAUUUUUCAAAAGCAAUUUAUUCAAGAACAUGCUGAUUAAAUGCAGGAUUGCUACUAAAAACUGUUUUGUAUCCUUGGUGGGUGCCUUUUCUGUUUUAUCUACUUUGGGACACUUUCAGGAUUUUUUGGCCAGUUGGCCUUUCCUGAAAAUGUUAUGUUUUCAGCGAUAAGUACAUUUGAUAAUGACUUGAUUUGUAUCAUUUUAUGUUUCACAAAGUAGACUUGCCUGAUGAAUGAGAUAGCCUGAAAAAUAAAAUGCAAAGAGUUCAAUAUAA